ACAGAGUGGAAGGACAGGGACAGUGAACACACCACAGGAGCUGUUUGACUUUGUGCCUGCUUGGACAGAGGAUGUACGUGCUGCUCCUUGUCCAUGGACUCUUGUCCUGGGAGUCCCUUCUGUGGACCGUCCAUGCUUGUCCAUCUUUCUGUGCCUGUGACUCUGGGACACGUGGACCAGACGAACCCAGGUUGGUGCACUGCAGUGAUCCCAGAAUCUCGGCUGUUCCCGUUCACGUCCCAGCUGACGCAUUCAAACUGAGGCUGGAGAAGACUGCGAUCUCUCGGAUUCCGCGGGCAGCCUUCUACAACCUGUCGCAGUUGAAGUUUUUAUGGUUGACCUACAACUCCAUCACAUCCAUUCACCCCAGCAGCUUCGUCAACUUGAAAGCCCUGCGAGAACUGCGUCUGGACGGGAACCUCCUGAGCACCUUCCCCUGGGAGGGGCUUAGGGAUAUGCCCCGCCUCCAGACCCUAGGCCUUCACAACAACCGCCUGUCCAGUUUACCUGCCCAUGCCGCUCUGUUCCUGUCCAACAUCACCUACCUGGAUGUGUCCAGUAACAGGUUGACCAUAUUGCCUGCUGAGUUGCUGGACCUUUGGUUUCCUCUCCCAGGACAACAGGAAAGUUCAAUACAAAGAAGAAUAUUAGGUCUCCAUGACAACCCCUGGUUGUGUGACUGUCAGAUCUCCAUGGUGGUGUCCCUGUCUCUUACCCUGGGCAGUCCAGUGGUUCUCAUGGACCAGGUCCUGAUGUGCAGCCGGUCUCUGGGUCAGUCCGGGAUCCUGAUGAUGCAGACGGAGGCCUUCCGCUGUAUGAGACCGUCUGUUCAGCCGGCAGCCACCACCGUCAUCAGCCCACUGGGAAGUAACGUCAUCCUGCGCUGUGACGCCACCGGGUACCCAACCCCCACACUGAGCUGGAUUAGAACAUCUGCACACACAGACUGCUGCCAACAGCAGAUUGUUGAGAACGCUGAAGAACUGCCUCAGAGUUUGCAGAGUUUUAUGCAGGAAACUCCUCGGGUGGGACUGCGCUGGUCGAUAAUCAGUCUGAACGGACUUUCAUAUAAGGAUGCAGGUGAAUACCGGUGCCAGGCGCGGAAUAUGGCAGGACUAUCAGAGGCCCCCAUUAAGCUCCAGGUGGUGGGAUUCACAAAACCAUCCAGGAUUCCAAAGAAGUCCCAGAAGACUGCAUCCAGAUCAUCAUUCAAAUAUUCAGGGCCAUUCCAGACCGCAAAGCCUGUUCCAUCAUUAAAGGACAAUUCCAUUUUCCAAAACUUCACAUUCACUGUUCCUGCAGCGGUUAACCAGACAAACCAGAAGACCCAGAAGACCGGUCUGCGUAGACCCCCCACAGACAGGAGGACCAAGCCUCGCAAAGACACUGGUCUAUCCUCUGAAACACUGACCCCGAACACCAAAAAGAGCAGGACAGCUGAGCUCUGGGACAGUCCCACUGGUCUAUCCUCUGAAACACUGACCCCGAACACCAAAAAGAGCAGGACAGCUGAGCCCUGGGACAGUCCCACUGGUCUAUCCUCUGAAACACUGACCCCCAACACCAAAAAGAGCAGGACAGCUGAGCCCUGGGACAGUCCCACUGGUCUAUCCUCUGAAACACUGACCCCGAACACCAAAAAGAGCAGGACAGCUGAGCCCUGGGACAGUCCCACUGGUCUAUCCUCUGAAACACUGACACAUGCUUAA